UGAUAGUGUAAAAGAAGAUUUACACUAUCAUUUUUUCCACUACCCCUUGGAGAUGCUCUUAGUGUAGAUAUGGAGUAUAAUCUUACAUUAAGAGUUCUACUACAGAACAAUGACAAUGUAAUUAUAGAAGCCUUUCAAGAACAAUAACAACAUACACAAUGUAAUCCCAACACUAUUGCUACAUGAACUACUUUAGACUUUAUUGAAAGCAAGAAUGUAUGGGGGUUUAAUGUUCCAUUUUUAUAAACCCGAAGCAAAAUAAUUGUCAAAAAUGGCUCUUUUAACUUCAUUGGCCGGCAUAAAAGUAGCAGUACAUUUUUCUUUUUUUGCCCCCAGAAAAACAUGCUACCAGUUAACAUAAGUUUUUUUUGUUUUAAUUUUUAUAUGCUCAAUUUAUUAGUCAAAUCCUUCCUUUCUACUGAAGCAACCCAAAGAGGGUUUGCUAUUAAACCUGAAGUUCAAACAAAUAUUACAGCCAUUAUGAGAUGCCUGGAAAAUUUCAUCCAAUAUUUAGUUCUAGAUUACCCUAUUCAAGAAGCUAGGUUCAAAAUCAAUUGAAGGUUAGUGGACAGGAGUUGAAAAGCCAGACUCCCAAUACAUCUUUUAAGGAUACACCCUGCUUAUUUGGAAUUGAUGUCCUAACUUAACUAACUCUUUGUAAUUGAUGAGAUGAAUUCCUCACCUUGCAACUAUUUUUUGGCUCAAUUAUUCAAGGCUCAGGUAUUCAAGAUAGAACACAAUGUGCUAGAGAAAUGUAUCAGGUCAUUGAGAGGAAAGAGAGGAGUGAAAAUUUGAAUCCCCUUGGUUUGUUUGUUAGGAAGGGAUUGUAAUGGAAAUUAAACUCCCAUUCCAUUUCACUCCAUCAGUGAGGAAAAUAAUUUUUUUACUUGAUUCCAGUUUCCUUCCCAAUUAAUUCUUAUUUCAUUCCUUAUUUUCCUCCAACUAAAUAAAGGAAAUUCAUCAAUUUUCUUCCAACUUUCUUCCAUCCUCCUCACUUACCUCCCACUCCCCUUCAACCAAACAUUCUUAAUUUUUAGUAUUCCUUAAAGGUAACUCUACUCUCAUAGUCUCCACUCUAUCAUAUACAAAAAAAAUCUAUGCUAAAACUAAGAAAAGUUUAAGCAGUACUUGUUAGAAAAUUUAUCCUAUAUUGGAUAAACAAUUCAUCAAACACAUUGUGUGCAUUUAAUUUUAAUUUCAGCAAGCCAUAAAGAACUACAUCUACCAACAGGAUUCGAACAGGGAAAGAAAUGGGAGAGGAAAAGAGCACAACAAAACAUCAUUUUUACAGAAAAUUGUAAAAAAACCUAGACAUGCUUCUUCCAAUAAGAAAAAAAACCAGGGUGUAGUAAAGGAAAGCAAAAUUGAAAAAUACCACAAGUUGAAUAGUUCAAUCCCUGUGUGUGGAUUCCAAUUUCUCCAUCUCUACGUUGUCUAGAUCCUCGUGCUUCAUUCUUCGUCGGGGGAAGGGGCAUGGUAAUAAACUGCUAGAGAGUUCUUGCUUUUCCAGGAUCGGAUGCCUGGUUUUGUGAGCGCUUGGCAGGUACAAUUGACGGCCAGAUUUUUACAAUUGCAAUUGAAAUUGGACCGUCCGAUUAGAGUAAUGAAGAGGGAGAGAAAGAGGUGGAGGCCGAACGGUGGGUUGCAGCAGAUCUUCAAGGGUGUUUAGAAAGGAGAAUGAAGAGAGAUGUUGGGAGCGGCGCAUUGAAACUGUCCUUCAGGAUUUCGCUCUGUAGUUACGCCGUCGUUCAUAUUCUUCACCCCCACAAAAACCCUAAGCUUUCCGAGCAAGCUACAAUGGCGGCUCCCUCUAAAGUCCUGCUCAAAAAUCCCCUCUCCACCUCCUCCAAACUCCUCAACCGAGCUCUUCGCUCCGCUCGCCUCUCCUCCGGCGCGCCUCGCCUCUUCAACACCAGCGCCGCCGCUUUCACUGACUCCGAUUGCUCUGAUGACGAGGACUUCGGAGCUUCCUACGGCGUUGAUCCCCGCUCCGGCCGCCGCUCUCCGUUCGUCAGCUGCUUGAUCGCUCCAUUCUCCAGCGAUGCGUUUCUUCCAAUGUCUGGGAGAAGCUUCAUGGAGGCGAUGGAGAUGAAGGAUUCUCCGGCUGCGAAGGGCUCGCUGACGUCUCGCGCGGCAAACUACAGCGUCAUGGACAAGGCGGACGGGGUUUAUCUGAGGUUCGAGAUGCCGGGGCUGGGCAAGGACGACGUCAAGGUGAGGGUGGAGCGCAGCACGCUUGUGGUCAGCGGCGGAGGUGCCGCCAAGGCGAAGGAAUCUGACGUCGACGAAGAUGGUGAGAUGAUGAAGCUUAAGGCGCUGCUGCCGGUGAAGGUGGAUCUGCCUGCAAAGAGCAAGAAGGCGUACAAGCUGAAGGAGAUCAAAGCUGAGAUGAAAAAUGGUGUGCUGAAGGUGGUGGUUCCCAAGGUGAAAGAUGAGGAAAGGGGUGACGUCGUCCAUGUUGAUGUCCAGUAGCUUUUCUCCGUUAUUAUCAUCGUCUUCGUUAUUAUCUAAUCUCUUAUCUGAAAUGUGAAUAAUAACUCCAUCAAGCUAGAUAGAAGAUCUAUGGAUCAGUGUUUGGAAAUGUUCACUGAAAGUUCUGCCAUGAUUGUAGCUUUUGCUUUACGCUAUGAAUGAAUGAAUCUCAGGUCAUGAA